GCGGUUUUUGUUGUUUUUCUGGUGACGUCAGUAUGGUGCUGUGCAGAGUCACUGCGUCUGCUGGAGUGUAAACAAGGAAAGAUCUCGAAGCUGACGUGCUCCUUCUUCGAGUUACCACUGUGCUCUCAUAACACUGACCUGUGACUUACGACUCGAGUGAGGGCGUCGAGUCGCGAAGUUCGUCGUGUUUUCAAGCUGCCCUGAGGUAGCAUCGUCAGUUAGCAUUGUGAGCUAGUAUCGUCAGUUAGCAUUGUGAGCUCGCACUAGAACAUCCGUGGGUCCGCCGCGGGCAAAGCCGUCUGGAUGCGUGGGGUUUAUCUCAUCAGUGUGGCCUGGACUUGGUGAACGCUGGGUGGCUCGUCGCAGUUGACUCCGCCCACCAUGGCGGCAGGCGAGACGGACCGCGAGGAGGAAACGUUGCAGACGGCUUUCAAGAAGCUGCGAGUGGAUGCUGAGAGCGCACUCGGAGCCGCGAGCACUCCCGAGUCUCCCCGAGUAGUGACCCGGGUUUGUGCAGAUGUCAGUGCGGUCAAGCCCAAACUUGGUGGUCCCAAGGACAACUGGCACGGCUGCGUGAGGAAGACAUCGAGAGCGGCGAGUCGAACGCAACGGCGCCGCAGGUCCAAGUCGCCAAUCCUGCAAGCUGCCAGGUUCACCUACUGUAGCGCCUCCACUCUGGCGCCUCCCGGUGGCUGCCUGAAGCAACAGCGCCUUGCCACCCCCGAGGAGCCUUGCCCUGACAGAGGAAGUCCCGGUGCCCGCAAAGACCUCACUGCUCUGGGCACUCUUAGCCCCACCCCCUCGGCUGUCUUCGGCUCGACUGCUGGUUAUGUUACGCCCGUGGGAGCAGCGGUGUCCUCCCCAGCUGCACUUCCCAGAAGGGAAGAGGAAUGUUCCGGAAGAGUACAGGAGACCGUUGCAGAGUCGGCCGACUUCCAGGCGUUAUCCAAACUGCACGGCUGCACGUGCACUCUGACCGACGCUGUCACGGAGCGCCAGGAUGUGAGCGAGCCGGCGGCAGAGUGUCCGUGCCAUUCCAAAGUUGACGGCUGGAACGGUGUGGAGGCGUACUCCUUCACAGGACUACGUGAUGUCAUCUCAGAGUGCGAGCACCAACAAUCCCCACCUAGAACUGACUGUAGCGCUGCUGCUUCGCUGUCAUCUUCCUCGCCGGCGUCUCCCCGCUCCUGCUCUGAGCAGGCGCGCGUCUUUGUUGAUGACGUGACCAUCGAGGACCUGUCAGGCUACAUGGAGUUUUACCUGUACAUCCCCAAGAAGAUGUCGCACAUGGCAGAGAUGAUGUACACCUGAAGCACAGCUCAUAUGACCGGACAUGCUCCCUCUUUUUCUUCAAUAAAGUCAAAAAUCAAGCUUUU